AUGGAAGAUUCUCAGGAACCCCAUACGGACGAGAGAUGCUCUGUUCGGGAGAUGGAAGUCACGGUUGCGAAUGAAGAACGCCAUCUGAGUUUAAAAGUGGAAACGGUUCAUACGGAAGACUCCGAUACACUUCAGCUCGAACUGAGUGAUCCGAGCAACGCUUCCUUUCUCUAUUACUGUAUUAUUCGAGAAGAUGAGUAUGAGAAUAUGAUAACGUCUCAGAAUGUGUUAAUUCCUUUCAAUCAGUUCCCCUCUCAUUUUUUAUCGAUUCUGGACCGCAUCACCGAGACGAAAACAAACAGGAUGUCAUCUCUGGGAGGUUUCUUUACAUUUUCCAUUUGUUUAGAGCCUUUGGAGGAGGAUGGCAGCCAGCUUCUCAAAGUAGUCCAGGUUUCUUCCUUCAUGUCCUUCCCUCUCAUCUCGCUCCCUUUCCGCCAAGCCAACGAUUCCCAGCUCAUUUCCUACCUUCUCUCGCUGGUUCGUCUCUACCAGGACCCCGAUUCCGCCUCCGUUUCUCCUUCCUCCGCCCAUUCCAACUCUCUUCUCCAGCGAUAUCGCGACCUCCAACGCCAAUACUCCCACGACACCGCCUCGCUCAAGCAGGACUACGAGUCCUCCCUCCAUCAAAUCCAGCAAACGCUCGAGUCCCAGAUCCUCUCCCUCCGCCACCAGCUCGACACGCUCGACCAGCAGCACGCCGCCUCGCUCGACCAGCAGCGCCAGCAGUGGGCCGCGCAGCUCGCCGCGCUCCAGCAAAAACUCGCAGCCUCCUCCGCCUCCCUCCUCGCCGCCCACGGGGAACGCGACGAACUCCGCGCGGCCUUCGACUCCCUCCAAGACGAAGCCAACCGCCUCCGCAGAACCGCGGGGGAGGCCGAUUCCUGCAAGAAAUCGCUCGCCGACCUGCAGCAGGCGGAAAAAGCGCUGGCGGAAACGGCGGAGCGCACGGCGAAGCAGCUGCAGGAGCAGACGGAGAAGGCGGAGAAGGCGUCGGCGACGUUGGCGGAGCGGGAAGCGGCGCUGGAGGAGGCGAAGAAGCGCCAAAAAGAGCUGGAAACCGCGGUGAAGCGUCUGGAGAGGGAAGUAGAGGAAGGAAGGGAGAGAGAAGAAGGUCUGGAGAGGGAGAAGGAGGAGCAGAAGAAGGCGAUGGAGACGAUGGCGGUGCAGUUGGCGCAGUUGAAGACGGAACAUGCGAAGAAUGUCGAUUACGUGAAAACGCUGUUGCACUCGAAUAAGAUGAAGGAUCGGGCGAUUUCGUGCCUCAAUCAGGAGAUCAACAAGAUUAAGCUGGGGUCGCAUGUGGCUUCGUCUCUGUAGCGUGGAGUGCUCGGCUAGAAUGAGCUCGGGAAGGCUGUGGGUUGACGGGCUUCGUAGUUUUUGUGGUUUCUGU